AGGAACAAUAUGGCGGUUACAAGUAAAGGUUAUCAAGGCACCGUCUGGUUCCAGAGGGAAUUCGCUGUUCCUUCUAAAAAGAGAGGAUGUCAUCUCCUUACAGACGAAGUACUAGCUAAUGUUCCGGAAAUAGCAAACAUCAAAAUCGGGCUACUUAACCUGCAUAUAAAGCACACAUCAGCCAGUCUGUGUUUAAAUGAGAACUGGGACCCAGAUGUCAGAGUCGAUAUGGAAAUGAUGCUUAACAAACUGGUACCUGAUAGUACACCUUUCAAACACUCCUGCGAAGGUCCUGACGAUAUGCCAGCACAUGUCAAAGCUGCAUUUCUUGGUGCUUCUGUUAAUGUUCCACUAACGGAUGGAAAGCUUAACCUGGGCACUUGGCAGGGAAUCUGGUUGUGUGAACAUCGAAAUCACGCAGGAAAAAGAAAUCUGGUUGCUACAGUACAAGGAGCAUUGAAAUAAUACAGAAUAUAAUGAAGAACUUUUAUUGUGACAAUGGAACAUUUAUUGUAAAGUUGCGAAAACAAUCCAAUGUGGUUUGCUUUUUGUUAAUGGCCAGUGCUUCCAGAAUCUUACAAACCAUGCCCGAUUUUGAUGGUGUUUCCUGCGUAAUGAUACGUAACAACCUUGUGAACAGUUCUAAAGUUUGGUGUUUUCUGCAAUGGUAAAUGCCUAGACUUUAACUGCUUACCAUUAGGCUGAUAACCUCGAUCUGAUGUAAAUGAAACUUUUGAUGCCACUUUUUCACAACUUCUGGGCAAACGUUUGUGAUACAUGAAUGAAUGAUAUGGUGUUCUAAAAUCAUAUUUUAAGUAAUGAUAUAUUUUAUGAUAUUUGUUCUAUCUUUGACAUGCUAAAUCUCUGGUCUAUUUUAGAAUGAAUGCUACCAUACACAUUAUACAUGUGAUUUCUAUUAGAGAUAAUAUAUGCUAACUUUCAGGUUAGACCUGGGAUUUGUGUCGUAUUAAAGGAUUUAACAGGCAAGCUUCUGUCUACAUUGUUCACAUGGUUUCUUGGUUAGAGUAAACCGUAUGUGGUGUAUACCUUAGGCUUACAUUUGAUACCUGUCAUUUGUGUAGAGUUAAGGAUGUAUGCUACCUUACACACAAUACCUGUCAUUUGUGUAGAGUUAAGGACGUAUACUACCUUACACACGAUACCUGUCAUUUGUGUAGAGUUAAGGACGUAUACUACCUUACACACGAUACCUGUCAUUUGUGUAGAGUUAAGGACGUAUACUACCUUACACACGAUACCUGUUAUUUGUUGUAGAGUUAAGGAUGUAUGCUACCUUACACACGAUACCUGUCAUUUGUUGUAGAGUUAAGGAUGUAUGCUACCUUACACACGAUACCUGUCAUUUGUUGUAGAGUUAAGGAUGUAUGCUACCUUACACUUGAUACUUGUCAUUUGUUGUAGAGUUAAGGAUGUAUGCUACCUUACACACAAUAUAUGUAACCUGUCAUAUGUUGUAGAGUUAAGGAUGUAUGCUACCUUACACACGAUACCUGUCAUUUGUGUAGAGUUAAGGAUGUAUACUACCUUACACUUGAUACUUGUCAUUUGUUGUAGAGUUAAGGAUGUAUGCUACCUUACACACAAUACCUGUAAUUUGUGUAGAGUUAAGGACGUAUACUACCUUACACACGAUACUUGUCAUUUGUUGUAGAGUUAAGGAUGUAUGCUACCUUACACAUGAUGCCUGUCAUUUGUGUAGAGCUAAGGAUGUAUACUACCUUACACACAAUACCUGUCAUUUGUUGUAGAGUUAAGGAUGUAUGCUACCUUACACAUGAUGCCUGUCAUUUGUGUAGAGCUAAGGAUGUAUACUACAUCUUGUGCACGAUACUUGUCAUUUGUUUUUUAGUUAAGGUGUAUGCUUCAUUACACGUGAUUCUUGUGAUUAGUUUUAGAGUUAAGGAUAUAUGCUACCUUAUGCAUGAUACUGUCAUUUGUUGUAGAGUUAAGGAUGUAUACUACCUUACACAUGAUGCCUGUCAUUUGUUGUAGAGUUAAUGACAUAUGCUACCUUACAUACGGUACCUGUCAUUUGUUGUUGAGUUAAGGCUGUAUGCUACCUUGCAAAUGAUACUUGUUAUUUGUUGUAGAGUUAAGGACGUAUGCUACAUUUCAUGUAUUUGUGUAGUUUAUGCUACCUUUCACAAAUAUACCUGGCAGUUUGUUUUAGGGUGAAGGAUAUUAUGCAUUUAUGGCCCUGGAUGCAGGGUAAUAUGAAGGUUCGUAUUUCCCGAGGGCUUGCCCGAGGGAAAUAUGAGAGCUUUGGGUAAAUAAACCUUCAUAUUACCUUGCAUCCAGGGCCAUAAAUUGUUUAUUAUACCGAAAAAUAAUCAGUAAUGAUAAUAAUAAUAAACAGAAGAUUUUAUUACAAA